CUUCUCUAGGGCACUCAGCACUGGACAUUGCUGUGGUCAUAAAGUAAUAGUCUACAAUACGCAGUUUUCUUAGUGGUAUGUGAGGAUUCAAUAUUAGAACAUAACAACUGAAUGAAAGGCGGUGGAUAAGAUGCACAACAGGUUAUUAGAAUGGAAAUCAGUUGUUCGUUAUAACGCACGUUUUCGUAUAGCUUAAAAAUACAACGAACUUAUCUGUAUGGGAAAAAAAACCUGUUUAUUCUAAACAAAUGGAUGAGAGCCCGAGCACUAGAACGAUCGUAACCACUACCAGCAGCCCAUACGUGGAAUUGGACGACUACUCCAUGUCAUCUAUUUCGUACGACAGGCAUUUUGUGCAGAGCGCACCUGGGCUCCUCAUCUUUCUAGAAAUUGUUCUGGGACUACUGGUGUGGACACUGAUUGCUGGAACGGAGUAUUUUCGCUUCUCUCCGUUCGGAUGGGUGAUGUUUGUCUCUGUGUUCUACUGGGUUCUCACACUCUUCCUCCUCCUCCUCCUCCUCACCAGGGCACAUACACGGAUCCCACAGGUACCCUGGAGUACCGUGGUGAGUAGAGCAAUGGUCCUGGUAUUCAACUGUAGUGCCACCCUGCUGUACCUGGUGACUGCUGUUACCGAGGCCACACUGGUCGGUUGUGGAGUCAAAGGUCAACAUGACUACAACAGUUGGGCAGCGUCCACGUUCUUCGCCUUCCUCGUGUCGUUGAGUUAUGCUGGCAGUGCUGUCUUCAGUUUCAGAUCCUGGCAGAAAAGAGACGAAUAGUGCCAAGCAAAUAAAUCCCUUUUCAAUUUAAUAAUGAAAUAAACCAGGGUUUCACUGCAUAUUAUAUAUUUUUUCUUUCCAUGCGAUAAUAAUAUCUUACCGUCCACCACGGUUUGAAAAUAGUAAACGAUUUUUGUAGGUAUUUCGAUAAGAUGUAAAUUGAUAUGUUUUCUGAAAGAAGAUGAGAUUCGUUUUGAUAUGGUUUCUUUAAAAAUAAAUCAUCAAUAUGCACCACGUUA